UCAGAGGACAUGAAGCCUAUCGUGUUUGACAAGAGUAAUGGAAUGUUCCAGGCGGGAUUUGCGGGAGAAGAAGCACCAAGGGUUGUGUUUCCUUGCGUCGUGGGUCGUCGAAAAGAUGGACUGAAUCAGACCGAAUCUUACGUGGGAAACGAUGCUCAAGCCAAGAGAGGUCUUCUUACACUUAAAUCCCCAAUGGGGCAUGGUGGUAUGAUCGUUAACAAUUGGGAUGACAUGGAGAAGAUUUGGCAUCAUACUUUCUACAAUGAGCUACGUGUGGAUCCUCAAGAACACCCUGUGCUUCUCACUGAAGCUCCUUUUAACCCUAAAGCGAACCGUGAGAAAAUGACUCAGAUCAUGUUUGAGAGCUUUGAUGUUCCUGCUAUGUACGUGUGCAUUCAACCUGUUCUUUGUCUCUAUUCCAGCGGUCGUACCACAGGUUUUGUGUUGGAUUUAGGAGAUAGUGUGAGCCACACAGUUCCAAUAUACGAAGGUUACGCACUCACACAUGGGAUACUGCGUCUAGACCUAGGAGGCCGUGACCUAACCGACUAGCUCAUUCAAAUCAUGAGCGAACGUGGCUACACAUACACCACAUCCGUUGAGCGUGAGAUCUUCCGAGACAUCAAAGAGAAGCUCGGUUACAUAGCUCUUGACUACGAGAAAGAGAUGGAGAAGGUUACAAAGAGCUCGGCGAUCGAUAAAACCUACGAGCUUCCUGAUGGUCAAGUGAUCACGAUAGGAGCCGAGAGAUUCAGGUGUCCUGAGGUUCUUUUUCAACCGUCUUUGAUUAUGGGAAAAGAAUCUCCUGGUAUUCACGAGGCGACUCGCAAUUCAAUCAUGAAAUGUGCUGUCGAUACUAGGAAGGAUCUGUAUGGCAACAUUUUGUUGACUGGUGGGACAACAAUGUUCCAUGGGAUUAGAGAGAGGAUGACGAAAGAGAUCACUGCACUUGUACCGAGAAGUAUGAAGAUCAAAGUUGAUGUUCCUCCGGAGAGUGAGUCUAGUGUUUGGAUUGGAGGUUCUACUUUGGCUGCUCUAAGCAGCUUUCAUCAGAUGUGGGUAACUAAGGAUGAGUAUGAAGAAAGUGGAGCGACAAUUGUUCACAAGAGAUGCAUUUAA